AUGGUGGCGCGGGUGCCUCUUGCCACCAGGUCGUCCCUACGUUCUCUUCACAUAUCCGCUGUGCGUGCUCAACAGCCACCGGGUGGUGGCGGUGGAUUUCCUGGUAUGCGCAUGAAUAUGCAAGGUCAGGGGGCGCAGCCUGGCGAGACGCUCGCGCAGUACUCGCAAGAUUUGACCAAACUCGCACGCGAAGGCAAGUUGGAUCCGGUCAUUGGCCGUGAUAGUGAAAUCCGACGUGCUAUUCAGGUGCUUUCUCGUCGUACGAAGUGCAAUCCUGUGCUUGUCGGUCCGGCCGGUGUAGGCAAGACGGCCAUUAUGGAAGGCUUGGCGCAGCGUAUUGUGAACAAAGAGGUGCCUGAGUCACUGCAAGACAAACGUAUUUGUGCGUUGGAUCUUGGCGCUCUUCUGGCGGGUGCCUCGUUUCGUGGCGCUUUUGAGGAAAGGUUUAAGGCGCUACUCAGCGAUAUUGAGGCUGAGCACGGAAAAGUCAUUGUAUUUAUUGAUGAACUCCAUAUGCUUUUGAACCUCGGUAAGGCGGAAGGUUCGGUGGAUGCGGCGAAUAUGAUGAAGCCUAUGCUGGCACGCGGUGUGCUUCAAUGUGCUGGUGCGACGACGUACGACGAGUACCGUCAGUACAUUGAAAAGGACCCUGCGUUGGCUCGUCGUUUCCAAGCGGUCUCGGUGCUGGAGCCAUCGCCUGAGUCUACCAUUGCCAUUUUGCGAGGUAUCCGCUCGCGAUACGAAGUGCACCAUGGUGUGGGCAUUAGCGAUGGUGCGCUGGUGACAGCGGCCAACUAUGCGUCGCGGUACUUGACCGAGCGCAAGCUGCCGGAUAGCGCGAUUGACUUGCUGGACGAAGCCAUGUCCAUGUUGCGUCUGCAACAGGAAAGCAAGCCUGAGUCUAUUGAGACGUUGGAUCGUGAUAUUUUGACGCUUCAAAUUGAGCUUGAGUCGCUUCGUCAUGAAGCAGAUCCGCUCUCGGAGGACCGCAAGAAAGCGGUAGAGAAGGAGCUGCGUGAGAAGCAGAGUGAGAACGCAGUGCUUACAUCCGCAUGGAUGGAAGAGCGCAACAAGCUCGACCAAGUGAAGGCCACAAAAGAACAGCUGGAAGAGGCGCGCAUUGAAUUGGAGCAGGCCACACGUGCAGGCAACUUCCAACGUGUGGCCGAGCUGCAGUACGGCCGCAUUCCCGAGCUGGAGGCGCAGCUGCCGAAGGAAGAAGAGCAUGCGGAGCGCAAGAAUACCCUGCUCCAUGAGCGAGUGACGAGUGAUGAUAUCGCGGCGGUUGUGGCGAAAAUGACAGGCGUGCCUGUACGUAAUCUGCUCAAGGGCGAGCGCGAGCGUUUGAUGGGCAUUGAAGAUGAGCUGCGCAAGCGUAUUGUUGGCCAGGACGAGGCUCUUCAGGCCAUUGGCCAAGCUGUGCGUCUGAGUCGCGCUGGUCUUAACUCUGCCAAGCGCCCUCUCGCUUCGUUCAUGUUCCUGGGCGGCACGGGUGUUGGCAAGACGGAGGCGGCCAAGGGCUUGGCACAGUUCCUCUUUGAUUCCGAGAAGUUGAUCCAGAUCAAUUGCUCCGAGCUGAGUGAGUCGCAUUCCGUAUCGAAACUGGUUGGUGCGCCGCCUGGCUACGUGGGCCAUGAAGAUGGUGGACAGCUUACGGAGCAGGUGCGUCGUCAGCCGUACUCGGUGGUGCUCUUUGACGAGAUUGAGAAGGCGAAUCGCAGUAUCCACACACUGCUUCUGCAGAUCUUGGACGAGGGCCGUCUGCAAGAUUCACAAGGACGCCUGGUAGAUUUCCGCCAGGCCAUCAUUAUCCUUACGUCGAAUGUGGGUGCCGAAGUGCUCUACGCCCCGGGUUCGACGGACGCAAAGGGCCAUGCCACGACAGAGUCGCGUACCCAAGUCAUGGCAGAAGUGCAGCGGGCCUUCCCGCCUGAGCUGCUGAACCGUUUGGACGAGCAGAUCAUCUUCAACAACUUGGCACCGGAAACGCUCAACGGCAUUGUCUCGAUCCGCCUCAACGAAGUGGAUAUGCGUUUGUACGACAAGCGCAUUUGCAUGCACGUCGACGAUGCCGCGCGAGACUGGCUUGCCAAGAAGGGCUACGAUCCAGCGUAUGGUGCGCGUCCACUCAACCGCUUGAUCCAGCGCAGCUUGCUGAACCCCCUUGCCUCGGACCUGAUCCAAGGUAAGGUGCGGGAAGGUGACGAGAUCGAAGUGCAUGUCAACGAGGCUGGCGACGGUCUCGAUAUCCUUGUGGCAUCGGGUGCGAAUACCGAUAUGGACGAAGACGCAUACCUGUAA